CGAGCUGAAGGUUCUGAUGUUCUGCUCCACAGGCUCUCCUGAAGAAGCACGAGGCCCUGAUGUCGGACCUGUCGGCUUACGGCAGCAGCAUCCAGGCCCUGAAGGAGCAGGCCCAGUCCUGCAGGGACCUGAAGGCCAACGAGUCCCGCCUGAGGGACAUCAACAAGGUGGCAUCUGAACUGGAGUCAGAAGGUCUGAUGGCUGAGGAGGCUCCUAUGGUUCCGGCUCAGCAACAAGAACAUCUGGGUUCUGCUCCUGGAAAGGAUGAAGCCGACUCUAACACGGCGUCACCCUGGAAGACCGUACGGUUGGGCGUUCAGACGACGGCUAACUUUAAUUCCAUCAAGGUAAGAGGAAGCUCUUCCCUUCCUGUCUGAGCGAUCCGUCUCCAGGUUUCUUCGUCCGGCGUCCAGCCCGCUGGCGUCCACCUUCAUCUCACCUUCAUCUCAUCUCACUUCAUUUAUAGUGCAAUACUUUCACAUUAUCAUUUUCCCACACUUCUGUAUACCUGUAUUUUGUUGUUUUUCAAUAAAGAAUGACAAAUUA